GCUGACGCAGAUGAAAUCUUUAGGGGCAGUUGCGUCAAUUCAUAACUGAACCAGCGAACACUUUUUCCCGCCACUGUUAUUUGUUACGUUUGGCGCUGCGAUGUACAAAACCAUAACUAACCUCUCUCCAACAGAAACAAAACAAACUCUUGACCACCGGAAAAUAUGACCGCCAUGUCCGUCACAAGCACCGCCGUCUUCUUAUUCCUCACCGUCCUUUCCUCCUCCGUGGCGCAGCUUCCGCCUCCGCCGCCGAGUCUGAGCUGUACGGACGAGCUGGUUCUGUUCUCUCCAUGCCUUCCCUUCGUCGCUGCACCGCCGAACAACCUGACGGAGACGGCGAGUUUUCAGUGCUGCUCGAUUUUCGCCGCAUCCAUUGACACCGGCGGCGGAAACUGCCUCUGUUACCUACUCCGUGAGCCAAUGAUCCUUGGCUUUCCGUUGGAUAGAUCCAGAGUCCUUUCUCUCUCGCAGAUCUGCAACGAUGGGAGCUCCGACGAAUCUCUGGAAUCACUCUGCUCGUCAUCAGAGUCGCCGGAGCUUCCGCCGCUUCAGAGCUUACAAUUCACAACUCCUUCAGUUUCCGGAAACGGCGGAGUUUCGACCUCAUCUUCUCCAUCCGCUGGCUUACCGCCCGAAAUAGCGGUGGCUUCAUCGGAAUCAGCCGUCCAAUCACCACCGCCACCACCCCCGCAAUCAAUAGUACCAGGAUCCUUGAUGCUAUCCGCUGCAACAAAACCCCCCACCAUCAUCAACUUCUGGGGUCUGUCAGCAAUGGCGGCCUUCGGCAUAUACAUACAUAUUCCUCUUUUACCCUGACUUUUUGUUACCUAAUCCUG